AUGGACAUAAGGCACUCACAUAAAGAAGAUGUUGUUCUCCUGUACGCUCACUAUUCAGCGCAAAAUCUUGCCAAGCAAAUCGCUGAGUGCUGCCAACAUGGCCGGGAGGUAAAAUUAGCCAGUGACCAAAAGGCAGCCUCGUCCAGUGCUGCGCUUGUGCCUGAUGUAGCUAGCAAAUGUGUGGCAUAUGAGAGCUCUGCUUUGCACAAUGACUCCUCGCUGCAU